AUGCUGAAUCAUAACAGACUUUACAAGAACUCUCACCAGUUACUGAAAGAAGAGGAAGAGAUGAGGUUGGCUAACAUUAGGAGAGUAGAAAAUGAAGCAAAACAUGAGCUAGAGGAGAAACUUCUGAACUUGGUGCAUUUUGUGGAGUCGCUAAAGGAGACAAAGACAAAGGAUCAAGUAAGCAUGAAUGGUGUUCGUUUAAGGACACUGUCUCUGUCAGUUAAAGAGGAACUGGAUGGCUGUGAGCCUCCUGUGCAUCUUCGGCUAUCCAAAGAAAUUACUCAUAUAGUUAAACCAGUGCCAGUAGAAAUACAAUUUGACCCAGAAAGUGCUCAUCCAAGCCUCUGUCUAUCUCCAGAUCUGAAACAAGUAAGAUUUGAGCCCUGCGUUCAGAUAAAGAAGCUACAAAAGGACUGUUUUGAACCAGGGUUAUAUAUCCUGGGAAAGCCUGGUUUUAAAUCAGGCCGCCACUAUUGGGAAGUAGACGUGGGCAGCAAGAGCAGUUGGAUUAUUGGUGUUGUGCAGGAAUCAGUAGAGCGCAAAGGAACAUGGGAGUUAAAUUCAGCAAACGGCUAUUGGGUUUUGCGUAAGCAAGACCACAAUGUGUUUUAUGGCAUUGGGGAAUCUUUUGUGACCCUGAAAUUGGAAAAAAUGCCUAUGAGGAUUGGUGUUUGCUUGGAUUUAUUUAAAAGUCACUUAGCUUUUUAUGAUGCUGACACCACAGAACUUAUUUUUCAGAUCUCUGUCAAUGCUGGACAGAGGCUGUUUCCUUUUUUUUGCCCAGGAGUGCCCAUGAGUGAAGAAGACUGGUGCCCAUUAACUUUGUGCGCCUAA